AUGAAUUAAAUUUUAUGCAAGUAUCAUCCUGAUAAUCAAGCCAUCUUUUUGCUUUGGAAUUCUGAAACUCUUAAAAUUGCUUGCGAAGAGUGUUAUGAAAAUUUUUCUAAUUCUGAUUACGGACAAAAAUUUAAAAAACUUACAAUUCGAAAAGCACUCAAAGAACCUGACUAUUUCAUAAAAUAGUUUGAUUUAGAUGAAAAAAGCAAAACAAUUAUGAGUAGCUUAGAAAACAUUCCAGAAACCAUUUUGACAGAGCUAAUAGAAAAAAUAGAAAAAUCAAUAUAAGAAAUGUCAAUUAUUUUAGAGAAAGUUAUUAUUGAAAUGAAAGACAGAGUAUGUCUCUUAAUACAAAGCAGAAAUUAAUUAAGGUAUAACUUAGAAAAAGUAAAAUGUUAAGACUAACUUAGAAUUCAUAUUACUCAUAAUUUAUAAAAUUAAUUGAUAAUCUUAAUAGCUAGUAAUUUGUUACUCAUGAAUUUGUAAAUGAAGCAGAAAAUAAAAUUAAGGAGUUGUUUUUAUAAAUAAAUAACAAUAAAGCUGUUUUUAAUUCAGAAGUUUAGGAAUAAUUGAAUUUACCAAAACUGGCCAAAUAGGCAGGAAUAUCCUAAAUAAAUGAAUUGCAGAAUAGAAUGAAUCAAUUUAGAAGAGAGAUACAUCCGUUUUUAGUUCAUAAUUACAAUAAAUCCUUAACUUUCUCAAAAGUUCAUAAAAAUAUGCAUUGUUUGAUUUCUUAAAACGGCAAAACGGUUGAGACAAGCCUAAAUUGUUAUUAAAGUUGUUUAUGUGAUUAAAUGAUCCCAAAUUAUGGUGUCACAUAAUUUGCUUUUUUGAUUGUAGAAUUAACAAAUGUUAUGAUUGGAGUUGGGAACAAAUCUAUAGUAGAGAGUAGAAAAUAUGAAUUGUGUAACAAUUUAGGAGGAGGGUAUGUAUUCCUAAAUUAAUAGUUUUCAAAGAGCUUAUAGUAUAUCGAAUUCUGGCUAAUGCUAUUCUCAUGAUUAAAUAAUAAACAAUAAAUCGACUGGGUUUGGAUUCUCUAAAAAUGAUAUCAUAAUUGUUGAAAUUGAUAUCAGUGAUAAAUAUAUAAAAUGGACUAAAUAAUCCACAAAUCAAUCGUUUGUAUUCAUCUAAAUAUUUAAUUAAGGUCAUGGCUAUCAACACUACUUUAAAUUUGUAACCUUGUCUGCAAUUCAUUGGUAAAGGUAAAGUUGAAAUUAUAGAUUUUUAUUCUCAUGGAAAAUAAGAGAAAAAAUGA